UAUAAAAAAAAAAGAAGUUAGGUUAGGUUAGUACCAUUGAACGAUAAACGUACUAAACGUAGUACGUCUUUAAAACAUAACAUAAUCAUAAACAGAAUGAAUGAAAGUUACAUCUGAUGCUUGGACUCGUUAACACAUCGUAAACAUUUAACCCAGUUAUAACUUAAUAUACAUUGUCUGACUCUUGUGGGCCGGAGAAUAUGUUAACUUGCUGUUUGUUUCUUAUUUAAUAUUUAAGUUGAUUGUUUAGUUUGUUGAUUCUAUUCUCUUUUUUGUUGUUGUUAAUAAUUUCUUACAUUCUUCUUGAAAAUUAUUAUCAUACCAUUGUUCAUUACACGAUCACAAGCAGCUACCUACUAUAAACCCAAAAAACAAGACGGAUCACUCACGCGGUGUUAAUAUAAAAGUUAUUUGUUCGUGUUAUAGUCUAUAGAUCAACAAUGGAAUCAAUCCAUUUGGGUAGAAAUGCAGCAUCAAAUGUGGUUCAUUGCCCGUUCAACAUGGCCCACACAAUGCCUCAAAAAACUUUAAUAUUGCAUUUAACGAAAUGCCCAGACAGGAAGCCGAAUCAAAGCAUAUGUCCAUUUAAUUACUUACACGUGGUGGAAACUUUGGAUUUGGCUGUUCAUGAAGCACAGUGUCCCGAUCGCCUAGAUUUUGAUCAAAUGGUUUACCAAACCACAGAAACUAAGCAUGAUGUUACACUUAAAGUGCCUGAAUUAAUUGAUGAUCUGGAUGAAACAUGGGAUGAUGCAAGUACCUAUCAACAACGUUCAAACAAACCAACCAUUCCCGUUCAAAAUGUAAUCAAAACUAUUAAUCAAAAGCCAUGUUUCAUGAAACCACCAGCAGGCUACACAAAAUCAGAACGAAAAAAAUAUCGCUCAGAUGCACAAAAGGCAUAUCGAAAUGUAGACCUGUCAUACAAACCCAAUCCAAGUAUAACUGAUAGGGUCGAUGAUUCUAUGACACAAAGUGGUAGUAAAAAUGUUAAUCAAGGUAAUCAGCAAGUUAAAAACAAUGGAUUGUUUUUUGGAAAGAGACCAUAAAAUGAGAACACAAAACGUUUUUUUUUUUUGAUAUAUUUAACAUUAACAAUUUUAAAAGCAUUUCUUACGCUAUUAAAUAUUUAAACGUAUUAAAAUACAUUUUUAAAAACAGUUUUAAAACAAUCUCAAAAAUUAUACUUUGAUUAUAUUAUAAGAUUAAUAUUAAAUUACAUCUAAUUUGAUGAGUUGGACACUCAUCAUUUUAUUUUUUGAAUGUAUUUUUAUAUUGAUUUAUAUUCACAAUUAUUACAAUAUUAUUGAACCUUUUAAAUGUUGUUAAGUUGAUUCUCAUUCUGUAGAUGAUAAUGCUACAAUAUUGUUAUACCUUUGUUUUUUUUUAUUUCAAACUAUUAUUGACCUUAAAUUUAAUCUUAUUGUAAGGUAUGUUUCAAGAAUAAAGCGUACAAUUUGUAUUAUCUCACAAAAAAACUAUUGUGAAUUUACUCUCAA